GCAAGCUGUUCAAAUGAUUAAAUGUCACGUGUUGACGGCGUGAGAAUAGUCGUCAUAUUUUUAUUCUUUUGAAAUGAGAUGCACAAGUUUCUCUAAUGUGAUCAUCUUUCAGUUCAUAUUUCUUCAACUGGUUAUUUUAUUAAAAAUAAAUUUAAAUAACAAAAUUUAAUAAUGAUAAAGUUCACCCGACCGCGAUUAAUAACAUUUGAUGUUACUGAUACGUUACUGAUGACAAAUUUGGAGAAACAUUAUGCCGAAAUUGGUUCUCAACACGGCCUGUCAAUUGAUCCACAUAAAUUGGCGCGAAGCUUCAAAAACAACUUUCGUAAACUUAGUCUAGAACAUCCUGUUUAUGGUAAACACACAGGCAUUGGAUGGAAAAAUUGGUGGAGACAAAUAGUUCAUAAUAUUUUCAAAGAGCAACACAAUUACAUUUCGGAUGCUACUUUGGAUAAGGUUGCUAACAGUUUGAUAAAGUGCUAUGGUACGAGCUUAUGUUGGCAUAAAUAUCCUGGCACAAUCGAAUUACUGGAAUAUCUACGAGAAAAGGACUUGAUUUUGGGUGUAAUAUCAAAUUUCGAUGAGAGAUUGGAAGCGGUACUUAAAGACACGAGAAUACGUUUUUAUUUUUCUUUCGUUUUAACAUCUUAUGAUUUCGGUAUUGAGAAACCAGAUACUUUAAUAUUUAAUGAAGCUCUUAGAUUAACAAAAGAACGACAUAAUAUUAACAUAAUUCCCCAACAAGCGAUACAUAUUGGUGAUUCUAUUAGUAACGAUUAUAUCGGAGCGAAAAAUGCUAACUGGAAUGCUAUUCUUGUUCAACAUAAUAAUGAUGUUAUAGAUGAAAAAAAAGUCCCUACGAAGGAUGUAUUUAGAAAUCUUCGAGAUUUGAAAGUACAUCUUUCCACACUUUUAGAUAAAGAUAUGUAAUGUACAUAAUAUAGUCAAAUAAAAAUUGAAAAUAUAGUAUUUUAUAAAUCAUAAGAUUCAUAUUUUAACAAAAAAUAAAUUUAUAGGUAAGAUUAUAACAAAAAAAAAACAGAAGA